GCCUGCUUGAUCAGGCUUGGGCGACAACCGCGGCGACGGCUCUCUCAUGAAAGCCGUUUACUCGAUCCCCGUCGUCGGACGACUGUGUUAUGAAAGAUAUGGAGAAUGGAAAUGAAAAUAUUGUUAUCACUCUUGAUCCGCGACGACUUGGACAAGGCAUCUUUGAUAUCAGCUCAUGGGUUGUUCAUCAGCUUUCAGAUUUUAGAGUUUAUUGAUGCAGUUUGCUUGGAGUCUAAAGCAUGCCAUGGAUCAUUUGCUUGGAGUUUGGAAAACGAUCACUGUAUUUUCGGAAAAAAAGAAGGUGGAGAUACCACAUGGAGACUUCACUUGCGGCGCUUAAGCGAAAGAUGUGGGCUGGCCCGGCCACAUCGUCCGGCCCAUCCACGGCUCUUGGCCGACGAGAUCGCGAUCGAGAUCGAGAGAGAGGCGAUAGAGAGAGAAUGCUGCGGGUGUCGGAGGAAGAGGGGAACCGGAAGCGGGAGAGCUACGUGGAGAGCUACAGGCAGCUCGGCCGAUCCCUCCUCGAUCUCCAACGCGCCGCCGACCGCGUCUUUGACACCAUCUCGCGAAGGGCAGGAGAGGAACGAGAUAAGCUGACGGAGAUAUCUCGGAGGAUCCAGUUAGCCAAAGCUCAAAUAGAUGUGCUGUCUCGUUCUGAGCAAGCAUUGACGAUCAAGUCACCAUCCCGAUAUCCAUCCAGCUCUAUUCAAGAAGAGGACUUCCGACCCUUAUUUCCAUAUCAUGGUGGAGAUGCCGAUGAAGGGUCUUCGGUUGCAAAUUUGUUAGUGAAUGGAGGAUUGAAUAGGGAAUUUGGUGCAGAUGGAACACUUGAACUCUUUCAGUUUUUUUCUGAACAAAAUAUUGGAUACCCUUUAAAGGAGACUGAGGCAAAGGGUUAUCCAAGACAAGACAUGUUCUUGGAGAAGAUUCUAGAAGCACCAAAAGAUUCUGAUGACAGCUUUCUAGCAUUUGAUAUCUUUACCCCUGUCUCCAAGCUGGAUACCAAAAAGGAUGACCUGCCACCCGUGCCACCAAGUCUGCUGAAAAAUUUUACGUCCCCUUCCGACUCGGCCGGUGUCACACUUGGAUCUAUUGAUCAUCCAGCAAAGAAUAUCUAGCUUCAGAUAUAUAGGAUGACUCUGAUGGUGUUGCUGCACUUCCACGUCGGCGAUUAUUUAUGGGUAGCCAAUCAUUACAAUAACUCAUUUCACAAUAUGUCCCUUAAAAAACAACAAUUUGGUACUUGGGAAGCUGUACAUAUUUUCACUUUUCACAUAAAACUAAUUAUGAGAAUGAUUGUCAAAGCAGUGCGUUGGUAAGUUUGUCCACAGCUUUUCUAAGGAUUCUUUCUUGGUCCUUUGUAAACUCACUGACUGUCAUUGUCCUUUCUGUUUAAUUUGCAAAAUGCAUUUGAGAUGUUAUUUUUGGUA